AUGAGAGAACUAGAAGCUGCUAUUGCAGGCUACUAUUUUGAGAAGUUGGCCAAAGAAAAUAAAGACAGAAAGAAGGGAUAGAAGCUUGAGGAAAGCAUGAUCUGAGGAGGGAUAUUUUACCAUUAGUGAAGCUCUGUACAUACCUGUCUUCCUCACUAGAUUUGUAUCCUUAGAACCUAGAACAGUGUCUUCCAAAGGGCAGACACUCAAUACAAAUUGUUGACUUGCUGUAAAAAUUGUAACAGAGUGUAAAGAACAUCCCGGAAGAAGUUGGAGACAAUGGGGAUAAGAAAAUGGGGGUUAACUUGGAAAGAGAAGGCACUCCAUUCUCUGACAGGAAUGAAGAUGAUGAUUACACAGCACCAUUACGACCACCCAAGUCCUUUGAGAAUACUAAGGUUAAAUUCUAAUUAUCAUAACAUUUUCUAAAGGAAUAAACACGAUCUACAUAUUUUGAUAACAAAACUCUUUCACUCUUUCAAUUUUCUAAAAUGCAACCAACAGCAACAUGAAAGGAGGCUUUUAACUGAAGACUCUAUGCACUGUAGUUCUUUCCACAGAAAGCUGACUGAUAUUUGAAGAAGUGUUUUCAUUUAUUCAAGAAAAGUAUGAUGUCUCUAUCCCAAGCCUUACUCUUGUUCUUAAAUGUAUGUAUUUUUAUUUGUGGAGAAGCUGUACAAGGUAACUGUAUACAUCAUCCUACGGCGUCUCCUGUAGUUAACAUUGUAGAAGAUGUAUCUAAUGUGAAAGAUGAAAGUAAAAGUAAUGAUACUAUUUAUAAGGAAGACUGUGAGAUAUCAUGCGAUGUCAAAACUAAAAUUACACGAGAAGAAAAGCAUUUCAUGUGUAGAAAUUUGCAAAAUUCUAUUGUUUCCUACACACGAAGUACCAAAAAACUACUAAGAAAUAUGAUGGAUGAACAACAAGUUUCCUUGGAUUAUUUAUCUAAUCAGGUUAAUGAGCUCAUGAAUCGAGUUCUCCUUUUGACUUCAGAAGUUUUUAGAAAACAGCUGGAUCCCUUUCCUCACAGACCAGUUCAGUCACAUGGUUUAGAUUGCACUGAUAUUAAAGAUACCAUUGGCUCUGUCACCAAAACACCAAGUGGUUUAUAUAUAAUCCACCCAGAAGGAUCUAGUUACCCAUUUGAGGUAAUGUGCGACAUGGAUUACAGAGGAGGUGGAUGGACUGUGAUACAGAAAAGGAUUGAUGGGAUGAUUGAUUUCCAAAGGUUGUGGUGUGAUUAUCUGGAUGGAUUUGGCGACCUUCUAGGAGAAUUUUGGCUAGGACUAAAAAAGAUUUUUUACAUAGUAAAUCAGAAAAAUACCAGUUUUAUGCUGUAUGUGGCUUUGAAAUCUGAAGAUGACACAUUUGCUUAUGCCUCAUAUGAUAAUUUUUGGCUAGAGGAUGAAACAAGAUUUUUUAAAAUGCACUUAGGACGGUAUUCAGGAAAUGCUGGUGAUGCAUUCCGGGGUCUCAGAAAAGAAGAGAAUCAAAAUGCAAUGCCUUUCAGCACAUGGGAUGUUGAUAAUGACGGGUGUCACCCUGCAUGCCUGGUCAAUGGUCACUCCACGAAGAGCUGCAGUCACCUCAAUAACAACACUGGCUGGUGGUUCAGUCAGUGUGGUCUAGCAAAUCUAAACGGCAUUCAUCACUCCCCUGGAAAAUUGCUCGCAACUGGAAUUCAAUGGGGCACAUGGACCAAAAACAGCUCACCUGUCAAGAUUAAAUCUGUUUCCAUGAAAAUUAGAAGAAUUUAUAAUCCAUAUUUUAAAUAAUCUCAUUUUAAAUUUUAUGCAAUUUCCACAAUUAUUUUUGAUAAUAUAUUGAAGAUUUUAUAUAGUUUGUCUUUCUACUUAGUGUUUCAAACAUGUUAGCCAAAGUUUAACUGUAGAUGGCAUUUAGUUGUUAUGGGUUAAUUAGAAAACUUCAAUUUUGUACCAUUUUAUAAAAGAAAACAUGGCUUGUUCGUUUUUACUACUACCUACAUUAACAAUAUAUAAUAAAAUUUGUCUUAAGUGAAUUACAACUUGUCUUCCUGAAAUUGAUAGUGCUUUCACAAGAUUUUACCUUUUCUUUGAAGCAUAUAAACCAUAGUAAGUUGUCAGGAAAAUUGAAGAGAGUAUUUUUUUACUUAUUUCUAUAUUUACUUUAUAUGAUUAAUCAUAUAAUCUACAGAUAAUUUCUAUUGAAGACAAUUACAAGGAAUAACUUUUAUGCAGAUUAAUAUAUAAACUACAGUGUUUAAAAGAUUUACUAUUUCUAUGUGAUGCUACAAUAUUUUACAGGUAAUAAGAGUUUGCUGCCAAAAUAAAGUUCUUCUUGUUUUCAUAUUUUAUCAGGGUUAAUAGUUUUGUUCUCAUUUGUAAUAAAUUUACCGUACACUUAUAUCCUGA